UUUUUUUUUUUUUUUUAUAAAAAUAAUUGUUGAAUUUUAUUGGCCAUGGCAACUCAGAUUUUGCGUCCUCAGGACUGUUUGGUAGAACGAAUCGGAGCUCCUCCGGCACAAUUUUCCCGCCGCCGGAGUUCUGCUCACUAUUGUAAUUAUUAUUACUACAACAACCACGUCGCCACUUUCAGGUCCUGCCGGAAGCCGCUUACCCGACCCGAACAGAGGAAACGGGUUGCCGUUGCCUCCUCCCAGGCUGCGGUGGUCAAGAGGUCCAGCGCUGAUGACUCCAAGCUGGGGAGGAGCAGCAACUUCGGUUUGGAGAAGGUUACGAUUCUCCGGCGUGGCCAGUCGCUGGAUUCGGCCGUGAAGACCGACGUGUACGCCGGAUCAGCGUUCGCGAUGUCUCCGUCGCCGAGCGCGCUUCCUAUACCGUCGUUUUCGACGAAGAAGCCGGCCUCGGCGGCGGUUGAUGACUCCGCCACGCGAGAUCUAAGGCGCCUGCUCCGGCUCGAAUGAAAACGAGUCGGGUUGCAGUUUCGGGUUUUCAAAUCGGGUCGAACCCGAUAGAUGAACGUAUCCCGCUCUCUCUCGUCUUUUGAUUGUCUAGAAUGUUCUCCCCGUUUCCGUUACCGUUACCGUUACGCCCCUCCUGGUUUCAGUUUCUGACCCGUCCGUGAUUUUUUUAAACGGAAGGGUGGAUCUGAACUGCGGGGGUAAAAAAAUGAUUACGAAGUUUGGAGUAGUGUAUGAAGCUGUGAUGUAACAUGUAACAUAUUUUCUGGGGUUGUUAAAUAAAAUAUUAAAAUAAAAUUUAGGGUUGUAACACUAAUACAGUUUAAAGGGAGGUCAGAAGCAUAUGAAAGAAAGCAAAAGCAAAGUAGGAUCCAGUUAUUGUUGGUAUUUGGGGGUAUGUUGAUUGUUGAGCUUUGGCUAUGAACAGUGUGUAUGUGAAUGUGAAUGUGAAUGGUUCGUUUCGUUCUAUGUUGUGAAGAGGUCAUCAAGUGGAUGGUUAUUGCUCUGUUGUGAAUUUGUGGGCUCCUUGUUGUACGCUAUUUUUGUAAAGUAAAUGGUUACCUUAGUCAACUUUCAAAAGAUUUAAUUUCGUAAA